AUGGCAAUAUCUACAGAUUUAUCACUAUCGGAUUGUGAGAUGUCCAUGAAAACAGUGCGCCUUGAGAAGGAAUAUGAAAAGGCUAUUGCAGAUUCAGCGCGUCUAGUAGAUGCUGAGAGAGAUCGAAUGAGACGAAUGGAAAAUCUGCUUCUUCAAUUUGAAAGUGAAAGCUUAAGAUCACAGCUCAAUCAAGCCAACAUGCAGCUGCGUGGAUUCACGCGGACCGAGUCGGAAACGCUACUUCAACUAAAUGAAGCCUGCCAAGAAAUCGAUCAUCUGAAUCGCCAGGUACAACUCUCAUCCAAUGAAAUUGAGAAAUUGAAGGAGGAUAUUUCUACACUAAACAAUACAUCGACAAGUUACAAUACCCUUCUUGCCGAAAAGCUUCACCUGAGCCGAGAUAUUACAAACCUGGAAACCGAAAAUAAACGGCUUAAGACCCAAAGCUCAUCCCAUGAGACAUCAAUGACAGAAAAACACGAGAUGGAACAACGAUUGAAUUCCCUGGAGGUCCAGCUUGAGAACGAAAAACAUGCACAUGAGGGUACUCGAUUAAAGGCAUUACAGCAAGAGGAUGAUAUUAGUGAACUUUCUAACAUAGUUGACAACUUGAAAGGCGAACUCGCGAGGGAGAUGCGAAUGAGGCAGCAGCACGAACGAGAUGAUCAGCAGCACAAUGCAGAAUGGGAGUCCCAGCGCACAGUACUCGAAGGGAAACUUGAAACACUGAAAAAACAGCUCCGUUCGACUAAGGACAAGUUACAGGAAACUCAACUUGAAUUGCAGAGACGUGCUAAUACCAGGCCUAAUGAAGGUGAUAGUUCAGAGCUGCGUUCUCGAACUGUUCCCAUCAAGCGUCCUGGUCCCAGUGCGGAUUAUCAAAGUGGCAUUACCAUUGCCACCCCCGGGGCUAUUCGCUUGCAGGAGAAGGUCAAAAAACUAUCAGCACUGCCUGGCGACAAAUCGGCAUUUUCUAUAACCCCGUUUCUGAACCGAACCGGUGCCCCGAGAGACUCUCCAACGAGCUCAGAGGUAGACGAGGAUGAAGUUCAACAGGCCAUGGCAGACAUCAAUGCAUCAACAGCCACGGCUACAGCCUUGGAUAAAUCGAAUAUUAUCGGCACCUCCUCGGCAGAUUCACCCUCUCUCGCUCGAGCUCUUCCAGCUAAAGCAGCAAAAUCAAAUUACCGUGAGGCCGCCAUCACUGCUAUCUCGGGAUCACCGGAUUUCAAACAGCCUCGCAGCCGUCCGAAUAGCAAAUUUUGGGAAAGUGACAAGCCCACUGACUCACUAGAGUCAAAAUCUAAGAAGCGUAAGCUCGGAGCCCAGCGAGACAGAAACUUAUUCGAAGAUGAUGAAGAUGAGAGGGUUGAAAGCAGAAAGCCAGGACGUAAACUUGCGCUGGGAGUGAGUCGGAAUUCGUCUCUCUCAAUUUCUCAACAACCUGGUGCACCGACAGGGGAUCGAUUGCCUCGGACGCUUGGAUUUGGCGCCUUUUCGCCCUUGAAAAGAGAUCGAAAGUGA